GACCGUUCUGGCGUCAGGCAGCGAUCGGACUGGCAGAACUUGCCGUUCAGUGCCACCAAUACACAAGUGCCGGGAGACUCUCUAUCGCCGACCAUUGGUCCUCAAUUUGCCGACCAAUCAUUGGGAAAGUGCCUACGAAAAUAUCCAAUUGAGACAUCAUGGAGCAGCUUAGCGAAGGUCAAGCAGUUGUGGUGGGUGGUACUGGAGGAACAGUACAAGUUGUGCAGAUGGGGCAAGGCGGUCAAGCUAUGAUGCUUCCACAAGCUAUACAGGUUGCAGCUCCCAAUGGGCAGAUUCAAGUUGUGCCUGUUUCUAGUUUAACGAACACUGGCCAGCAGAUAGUUAUCCAGCAGCCGCAAACGCCACAAAUUAUCCAGACACCUGAUGGACAAACUUAUAUUUAUCAGCCAGUACAACUUGAAGGACAAGUCCAACAGACACAACCGACAGUGAUUAAUAUCAAUGGCAAUCUCAUGCAAAUCGCUGGGACUACAACGCAGGCCACUACUACCCCAGCUACUACAUCUCCGGUACAGCCUUUGGCAAGUCCUACAGCAACAGUAUCACAGGCAGGAAAUGUUGUUAUGAUGGUACCAGGGAACAGUGGGCAAACACAGUUCCAAAGAGUGGCAUUGCCCAACGCUGAAUUUCUUGAGGAGGAACCACUAUAUGUAAACGCUAAACAAUAUAGGCGCAUUUUGAAACGUCGACAGGCACGUGCGAAAUUAGAAGCCGAGGGAAAGAUACCGAAAGAGAGACCGAAUGAGAGUUAGAAGUUUUCAAGGACAAAGAAAGUGAAAGAAAUACCUUCACGAGUCCCGACAUCGACACGCGAUGAACAGAAUCCGUGGAGAAGGAGGCCGCUUUCAUUCCGGUCAAACGAAAAAGCGGAAGUAAGUCUGUUAUAAGACGUAAGAAACUGUGUCUCUCGGUCAUAAUUUUGCGCAAGGGUGUAAUUAUUUCAUGAGGUUUUCACCAGAACAAGUGUAAACUUUAUGAUCAUUUAAGCGCGUCGCAAUUUUAGUCGGCACCAAUAUGUUCAUAUUACAUACUAUAUGUAUGUGGCUAUACUAAAAAACAGUAAUAAUUGAAAAUAUAGAUGUAUAAUAUCACUAUGUAAACAAUUACAACGCAUCUCCCUGACAUAGUCCAAUAACUAUAAUUUAAUCGCUUUCUAUUCUCCAAACAAUGCCGAUCUUGCGAUUUUGCGAAAGUAUAAUUGCAAUUAUCAUUUCUGGUUAUUUAUUGCAAAAAUUAAUUGAUUCCUUGCGAAAUAUGAUCUCUGAUGACAAUAUUGUCAAAAAUCAUUUGAUGUAAAUAAUUAAAUACAAAUUGGAUUAAAAGAGAAAUAAAUAUAAGAUGUUUAUGUGCUUUAUAGAUAAAAAAGAAUUGUAAUGUUUGGUCAUUUAGUUAUUGUGAUUACAUUGUAUAUGUCUUUUGUAAAUAUUUUUAUCCAGGCGUGACUUAUACGUACAUAAAACGUAUGUGCGGAACUAUCAAAAUAUCAUAAUAUUGUAUACAGGAUGUUAAAAUAAUCUGGAAUUUACGAGAGACGAGAUAAGCAAUAAAUUCGUAUUUUUUUAACAAA